AAUACAGUCUGGAAUGUCAGUAAUAAUAUCAGUAGCAUUGAUGGAAUGUCAGUAAUAAUAUCAGUAGCAUUGAUAGGAAUGUCAUGGGUCAUAUCAGUAGCAUUGAUAGGAAUGUCAUGGGUCAUAUCAGUAGCAUUGAUGGUAAUGUCAUUGAUAAUGUUUGUAUUGUUGACGGCAAUGUUGUGUUGGGGGCUGAGGUACAGUCUCUGGAGGCUGAGCAAGGGGAUUGUCUGGAUAGGUCUGUCCCUUGCCCAGGCUCAGAAGAUUGUGCCUUGAUAAGUGCCCAGCCGUUGGCCUUGCAUAGGACUAGGCAGCUGGCUGAGACUUAUAGUUCCACGCCUCAGGCAGCACUGAAA